AUCAAUGUAGAAGUCAACAUGUAUUAACACACAAGCCUCCAUUUUUCUGCUUCUCCAUCUUCCUCCUCCGAUUUUCCCAACCAGAAGACUCAUGAAUCUGAAACAAGAAAAGCUUCAACUCCUUGGAAUCUAUGGAGUUCUUAAAGAAACCUUCAAAUUAAUCUUUACAGCAAAAACAAUCUUCACUCAAAUCACUCUCUCUUUUCUUCUUCCCCUCUCCUUCUUAAUCUUCACUCAAACCAAAAUUCCCAAUCUAUGGAGCAUCCGUUCUUUCCCCUUCAAUUCCGCUCUCUUCUUCUUCUCCGCCGUCUUCUUCUUCCUCUCCACCGCCGCUACAGUCUUCGCCGCCGCCUCUACUUUCGCCGACCGCGAACUUCCGUUCCACCAAUUGCUCUGCGUCGUGCCGAAAAUCUUUGCUGAAUCGGCGUUGGUGGAAGUAGGAAUCAGAGGAAUUUUGGGGAUUGUUUGGAUGUGCUGUUUUUUUAUGUUCUUGUUGAUUGGAACUGUGUUAUGUUUGGUCUGCAAAUCGUGCCAUCGUGAGCGCAUUGACAAACUGGAUCUCUUUCUUCAUCUUCAACAAUCCCUCGAGUCUAAGACUGAACCUUUGACCUUAGAAUAACUCCGAAUUAUAAUUAUAAUUAUGCUUAUAUUAUAGUUGGACUUGUUUAUGAAGAAAUUUUUAAUUUCAUGUGAAAUUUUGUAAUUAUUGGAGUUCAAGAAAAUUAUAAUCUUAGCUUCCAGACAGGGUUUCUGAUCAUGGCUGUCGAGAUUAUGAAAUCAGACCUAGAACAAUUACAUUUAUGUUUAAAUUA